CGCUUCCCCCGCUGGGAGCGAGGAGGCAGGCUGCGGCGGUGAGCGGCAGCUGCGCAGCCAUGGGCGCGCCAGUGUCGCCCUAGGGCGGGAGCAGAGACCUCAGCCGGAGCGGUGGCGGCAGCCUCCACAGAAAGCCUUUUCGGGCGGCGGCGGCGGCCACUGCAGCAGCGCGGCCGAGAUGAGCGGGAGCGGCGCGACGCCCGGCCAGGGCUCGGGCUCCGGCUCCUCCCCGGCCGCCUGCCGCUUCGCGCACUACUUCGUGCUGUGCGGGAUCGACGCGGACAGCGGGCUGGAGCCUGACGAGCUGGCGGGUGAAAAUUUUGACCAGAGUCCUUUGAGAAGAACAUUCAAAUCCAAAGUUCUCGCCCACUAUCCUCAGAAUAUAGAAUGGAACCCUUUUGAUCAAGAUGCGGUAAACAUGUUGUGCAUGCCUAAAGGGCUAUCUUUCAGGACACAAACUGACAAUAAAGACCCCCAGUUUCACUCAUUUAUAAUUACCAGGGAAGACGGUUCUCGCACUUAUGGUUUUGUUCUCACUUUUUAUGAAGAAGUUACAAGUAAGCAAAUCUGCACAGCAAUGCAGACACUCUACCAGAUGCACAAUGCUGAGCAUUACAGCAGCGUGUAUGCUUCAUCUUCCUGCAGCAUGGACUCAUUGGCAAGUAGUCUUGAUGAAGGAGAUACAACUUCCCUUUUGAAACUCCAGCGAUACAACUCCUAUGAUAUCAGCAGAGACACCCUGUAUGUUUCAAAAAGUAUAUGCUUGAUCACACCGUUACCAUUCAUGCAGGCCUGCAAGAAAUUCCUUAUCCAGCUUUACAAGGCUGUUACCUCGCAGCAGCCACCACCCUUGCCACUUGAAAGCUAUAUCCAUAAUAUUCUUUAUGAAGUACCCCUUCCACCUCCAGGGAGGUCACUGAAAUUUUAUGGUGUUUAUGAACCUGUCGUCUGCCAGAGGCCUGGGCCCAGUGAGCUCCCCCUCUCUGAUUACCCACUUCGGGAGGCAUUUGAACUCCUGGGAUUAGAGAACCUGGUGCAGGUGUUUACCUGUGUUCUUUUAGAGAUGCAAAUCCUUCUCUACUCACAAGAUUAUCAACGCCUGAUGACUGUGGCAGAAGGAAUCACCACACUUUUGUUCCCAUUUCAAUGGCAACAUGUUUAUGUGCCCAUCCUCCCUGCUUCUCUGCUACAUUUUCUUGAUGCUCCUGUUCCCUAUCUGAUGGGCCUUCAGUCAAAAGAAGGAACUGACCGUUCUAAACUAGAACUUCCUCAAGAGGCUAAUUUAUGUUUUGUGGACAUUGACAACCAUUUUAUUGAGUUGCCUGAAGAAUUUCCACAGUUCCCCAAUAAAGUGGAUUUUAUCCAAGAACUCUCUGAGGUUCUUCUUCAAUUUGGGAUCCCUCCUGAGGGCAGCCUACAUUGCAGUGAGAAUACCAGCAAACUGAAGAAUCUGGUUCUGAAAGACUUGGUCAGUGACAAAAAGAACGGCAAUGUCUCCACUAAUAACAUCACCAUGUAUGAGUUACUAAAGGGCAAUGAAACCAUAGCUCGCUUGCAGGCUCUGGCCAAGCGGACUGGUGUGGCUGUGGAAAAAAUGGACCUCUCUGCUUCUCUGGGUGAAAAAGACAAGGAUUUAAAACUGCAGUGUGAAGAGGCAGAACUAAGGGACUACCAGCUCAAUGUACAGCUCCGAGAGGUCUUUGCUAACCGCUUUACACAGAUGUUUGCAGAUUAUGAAGCAUUUGUCAUUCAGACUGCCCAGGACAUGGAAUCUUGGCUGACCAACCGGGAACAGAUGCAGAACUUUGACAAAGCUUCCUUUCUGUCUGACCAGCCUGAGCCUUACCUGCCAUUUCUUUCACGCUUCAUUGAAACACAGAUGUUUGCCACCUUUAUUGAUAAUAAAAUUAUGUCUCAGUGGGAAGAGAAAGAUCCUUUGCUUCGGGUCUUUGACUCUCGGAUUGAUAAGAUAAGGCUGUAUAAUGUAAGGGCACCUACCUUGCGGACAUCUAUAUAUCAGAAAUGCAACACUUUAAAAGAAGCAGCCCAGUCAAUUGAGCAGAGACUGAUGAAAAUGGAUCACACUGCAAUCCACCCACAUCUACUUGAUAUGAAAAUUGGUCAAGGCAAAUAUGAGCAGGGGUUCUUUCCAAAGUUACAGUCCGAUGUCUUGGCAACAGGACCAACCAAUAACAAUCGCUGGGUAAAUCGGAGUGCCACUGCACAGCGCAGGAAAGAACGCCUUCGCCAGCAUUCUGAGCAUGUUGGGCUGGACAACGACUUGAGGGAGAAAUAUAUGCAAGAGGCACGAAGUUUAGGAAAAAACCUGAGGCAGCCCAAACUGUCAGACCUCUCUCCUGCAGUGAUUGCACAGACCAACUGGAAAUUCGUAGAAGGCUUAUUAAAAGAAUGUAGAAUGAAGACAAAACGCAUGUUGGUAGAGAAGAUGGGACACGAAGCGGUGGAACUUGGCCAUGGAGAAGCAAACAUCACUGGCCUGGAGGAGAAUACCUUGAUUGCCAGCCUCUGUGACCUGCUGGAGAGGAUAUGGAGCCAUGGCUUGCAGGUCAAGCAGGGGAAGUCGGCUUUGUGGUCUCAUUUAAUUCAAUUUCAGGACAGAGAAGAGAAACAAGAGCACCUUGCAGAAUCACCAGUAGAGACAUCAGGGUUAUCCUUAAGAUCUGUAUCUUUGAUGUUGCCACUAUUCUUUAGGCAUAUUCAGAACAUGAGUGAGAUCAAGACUGAUGUUGGACGAGCUCGGGCAUGGAUAAGACUGUCUCUAGAAAAGAAGCUGUUGUCCCAGCACCUUAAGCAGUUGCUUUCUAACCAACCACUCACCAAGAAGCUUUAUAAGCGAUAUGCUUUUCUACGUUGUGAAGAAGAGAGAGAGCAGUUUCUUUACCACCUUCUUUCUCUCAAUGCUGUGGACUAUUUCUGCUUCACCAGUGUGUUCACUACUAUCAUGAUUCCAUAUAGGUCAGUGAUCAUCCCAAUCAAAAAGCUAAGCAAUGCAAUCAUCACAUCAAACCCCUGGAUCUGUGUAUCAGGAGAACUAGGAGACACUGGAGUAAUGCAGAUUCCCAAAAACCUCCUUGAAAUGACUUUUGAGUGCCAGAACUUGGGGAAGCUGACCACUGUUCAGAUUGGCCAUGAUAACUCAGGACUGUUAGCCAAAUGGCUAGUGGAUUGUGUCAUGGUCAGAAAUGAAAUCACAGGACAUACGUACAGAUUCCCAUGUGGACGGUGGCUGGGGAAAGGCAUUGAUGAUGGGAGCCUGGAAAGAAUUCUAAUUGGAGAAUUGAUGACAUCAGCAUCAGAUGAAGAUCUAGUAAAGCAGUGUCGGACUCCACCCCAGCAGAAGUCACCCACCACUGCUAGGAGAUUGAGCAUCACUUCAUUGACAGGAAAAAACAACAAACCCAAUGCUGGGCAGAUCCAAGAAGGAAUUGGAGAAGCUGUGAACAAUAUUGUGAAACAUUUUCACAAACCUGAAAAAGAGAGAGGAAGCCUCACCGUAUUGCUGUGUGGAGAAAAUGGCCUGGUUGCAGCCCUUGAACAAGUUUUUCACCAUGGGUUCAAAUCUGCCCGCAUCUUUCACAAGAAUGUCUUCAUCUGGGACUUCAUAGAGAAAGUGGUUGCUUAUUUUGAAACAACUGACCAGAUUCUAGAUAAUGAAGAUGAUGUCCUUAUUCAGAAAUCAUCCUGCAAAACCUUCUGCCACUAUGUAAAUGCUAUUAAUACUGCACCCAGGAACAUUGGGAAGGAUGGCAAAUUCCAGAUUUUAGUUUGCCUUGGAACAAGGGAUCGCCUGCUCCCACAGUGGAUUCCAUUGUUAGCCGAGUGUCCUGCCAUCACUCGAAUGUAUGAAGAGAGCGCUCUCCUGCGAGACCGCAUGACUGUCAACUCCCUUAUCCGAAUUCUGCAGACCAUUCAGGACUUCACCAUAGUCCUAGAAGGAUCACUCAUCAAAGGUGUGGAUGUGUAACCAAACUGGCUAGAAACUUUCAGUCCAAACCUUGCUCCGUCCCCAACUAGGGGACUGAUUUGGACUUGUCUGACAGUAGUGAAUUACUGCAGGGGACAGCCCAACUUAUGCCCCAUUUGGAACUAUCCUCACUCUACAGACAAGGCAAAAUGUUGUAUUGUAGUUCAUUCGAACCUGGAAUUUAGUAUAAAAUAGAGUAUUUUCAUGUGUUAGAUGUGUGUAAAUAUGCUAUCUUCUUUAAGAAAUUAUAUUACUCUAAUAAGAUGCUUUUCUUAGACUGAAUAUUCCUGUGACUUAAAAUAAGUAGCUUAAAAAUGUUGGGGUUGGGGGGAAGAGUGGUGCUAGCCAGGAAGAAGCCAGUAAACAUGUAAAUAUAGUGCAACCCAGUCGGGCUUUUUUUUUCUCCAGAUAUCACAAGGAAACCCAGAAUGCAUUGUUAUGUAGUAGCCAUCCAUCUUGGAGUCCGAUCAUUUGUAUUGUGAAUGCACACAGCUUUACCUACUGUACCAGUAGUCUUCACUUAUAUCUUUUAAGUUACAAACUGUUGUAUGCAUUUGAAUCAUUAGUCACUUUUCCAGUCUUUUGGAAAAAUCUUUCAGUCCGCACAAGAUGAUAUAAUUAAAGUAUUUUAAACACUAGACCCCAGGAGCUUGGCUGAACUGGAAAGAGAACAUACAAAGCCCUGAGAAGUGUGUUCAAUUGUGGCAUUAUAACUUCUUUACACUUUGGAAAGAUUAGCCUAACUUCAUUCUUGGCAUUUUUAUUCUUGUUAUUUGAGGUACUUUGGGGAGAUGUGAAUUUCAGUGUUAGCAGACUCAGAGUCAUAAGAACUGCCAACAGCAAUUUGAUUCUGUACUUUUAAUUUGGCCAUCUAAACUCUGCAGUGGUCUAUCUCUUAAGGAUAACCUCGAGUCUUGUCUUUGUUAGGGUCUAAUCAUCCACCUCUCCAGGGCCCAUCCUCCCUCGGGUAAUGGAAGGAAUGACUAAGGAGGAGGAGGGCUCUGUGUGGCUUGGAAUGUUUUUGUGAAAGCAUUUGUUGACCAUGAUAAUGCAAAUAACAGAAGGAGAGAGAGAAUGAACUCUUUCUGGGUGUUUAAGGGCAAGCUUUACGUUCCUUUGUAGGAAGGGGAGUAAUAAUGUAAAACAACCGGCCCAGAGAAGCUAAAAGCCACUGGUGGCACACGCUGACAAAAUUGAAGCAAAACAAGAGGUGGCAACAAUUUUGAAAGACCAAAAGUUGUGAGUAACUUUCCAGUUUGAUAGUUUAUAAAAAACUUAAGUAAAUGUUGUAUUAGCUAGUUACUUUAAGUCCUCACCUUCCAGUAGGUCCUGUAACUCUAAUUAGGCAUUUGUACAUUUUUAGCAGCAAAAUUGCCUCAGCAAAGCCCUGAGUUUUAUUCCCAGAUGUGGCUGAAAAGCAAAGCCAUGGUGUCAGUAUCCUGUGCAAUCUGAGGGUGCUGUGCUUUCACCAGCUGUGUUGUUAACCUUAUUUCCUGGAGGAAGAAACUAAUGAAACAAGUGCCUCACUCCCUUUAUCAAACACUGUAUUCAGCCAGGGAAGCCCCUUUUAACAUAUGACUUCAUACUUGAGGAAGAGGAGAGUUGACAGCUGUAUUUAAAAACCCAUAGAAAUAGUUUAAGAAGAUGGUUCUGAGUAGACUAGAAAUUUGUUUGCCUGAAGCUAAAGUGUAUCUGUAAUGGUACAGCUCUUCCAGGGACAUGGGAAGUCUAUCAUGGGAGAUACCCAAAACCUGUUUUACACUGGGCUCCUACUGAGUUUAGUCAUCAGAGGCGAUAGCAGGGUCUAACCCAGGAUUUCAUGCUUGUAUCUUCGUAAGGCCAUGCUUCUGACAGGUCUAGGCAACCAGGGGGACAACUUAGGUUAGUGUGCUAGUAUUGACACACCUCAUCCAGCCUUCUCACUUUGUAGAUGGGAACACUUAAGGAUUAGAGAGAUUAAAUCUUAUCCUCACCCCACAGCUGGUCUCUGACAACACAGGCUCUAGAAUUCAUGUUUGUUUGUUUCACCAGGCUGCAUGAGACUGACCUUCCAGGCAUUCUUACUAAUAGUCUUUCUAUUAUACUAUUGGAUCUUUAUUCAUCCACCUAUACAAGUAAGAAAUAAGGAAGAAUAUUUAUUUAGAAUAAUUAAAAUUCAUAUUAACACAUUGCUCUCAAAUUAUUGGGAAUUAACAUCUUGUAAAAACUGGGAGCAAGCCAGGCACGGUGGCUCAUGCUCGUAAUCCCAGCAUUUUGGGAGGCUGAGGUGGGUGGAUCAUCUGAGGUCAGGAGUUUGAGACCAGGUUGGCUAACAUGGUGAAACCCCGUCUCUACUAAAAAACAAACAAACAAACAAACAAAAAAAAAAUUAGCUGAGUAUAGUGCAGGUACCUGUAGUUCCAGCUACUUGGGAGGCUGAGGCAGGAGAAUCGUUUAACACAGGAGGUGGAGGUUGCAGUGAGCCAAGAUUGUGCCACUACACUCCAGCCUGGGCAACAAGGGCAAGACUCUGUCUCAAAAAAAACCCCAAAAAACUGGGAGCAAAGUUGGAUUGGGGG